AUGACUGUACCGCCAAACUUUUACGUUUCAAAAGAUAACUGUCCAUCACCAGCUACUUCAUUGUCAGAUGUGUCGGACAUUUACCCAAGAUUGUCGAGGAAGCGAACGUGGUCAACAACGACGGAGGAUGAAGUUUUUCUACCUAAAAUGGCAGCGAUCUUCCCUCGAGUUAUUAUUCCAAGGACUCAUUCUACGACGGAUUUGGAGGAGCUACAUCGUGCUCAUUGGAAUUAUUGGAAUGAGGUUUAG